GUUGGAUGGCGUGCUUGGACUUUUCUUGCUCCAGUUGUCAGCCCACUUUGAUGGCACCGAAGAGAGCAAGAGAGCAAGCUCCAAGACACGUCAAUGCCACGAAGCAGACACUUGCUCUAGACGUAAUCGCAAAACGGACGAAACGUCAUCUUGAAGAGCUUGAGCGUUCCAAUUAUACAGAGCCUUCAAUCACCCUCGACGAUAACGAUGAGGGAGCCAUAAGCGGAAAGAAUCGCGUCCGCCAGAUCGUUUCUGAUAAACGUCACUUGAAUGACCCUAAUGCGAAGAAGAAAAAGUCGUCCAUGAAAGUUCGAACUGCGCUCCUAUAUCGCAAGAAUCUUGCUACCCUGAUCGAGGAAUCGCGCAUAGCAAAUCUUCCUUGCCACGUUCCAACAUAUUUAACAGCUGCUGCUCCUCCCCCUCAGUUGCCCCCACGUCUUUUAUGCUCCGUGUGUGGGUACAAGGGCGCAUAUAGAUGCAAGAAAUGCGCCAUGCCAUACUGCGACAUGAACUGCGAGAGCGUCCAUACUGAAACACGCUGCGAACGUCGCGUCAUCUGACUCUCCAUACAGCAAUCAUAUUGUCGGUAUCCAUCUACAUCUUUCAUCCGUAGCUAGGGCAUGAACGUCUCGGUCAACUUGGGUCUUCGAAAGGCGUCGCUUGACUGACUCGUGAAGGACGUCAACCAAUUUCUUGCUUCAAUCCUCAUUUUGCGUUUUCAAUAAUAUGAUUUAGCAUCGGAAGAUAGCAGAGGGUAGUGGUAGACUUAUGGCCAUCUUUUGAUACCUUCACACGAGAAUUCGCAGCAGGAUGAAAUAUAGCACGCUCCACUCACUAGUUUCUUGCAUGUCUUCGACGUGUGAUCGCCAU